GACUGGAAAAUAGGACCUCUGCUUUGCUUCCUUAGUGCCCCUUGAUUAUGAUUCCUGUCCCAAAUAGUGUAGACAGAAGAAUGCAGGAAGUGCCUUCCCCAGGCCUUACUUCUUCAGAGGUAAUGUUACUUCCUCUAGAGUGCUGUAAAGCCACCAAGCAUUGCCCAGGAAACAGUCAGUGUCCAGCAGGUGGGAAAAGUUUGGCUCCAGUAUGCUGCUAUUUGUUUGUGGUUUGGAUUUCUACCCUGACAAAGAAUGGGGCUCCCAGGAGACGCCUGAAAUAGCUUGCACCUCUGCCAGAGGCACCAUGCCAGUGUCAGUACUGGAACAUGUGGGGGAAGGGAGUCAGAUAACUGCAAAACAUAUUUAUGUGUAUAUAAGCACACAAAUAAUUGCAGACAUAAAGAACACAGUCUCUUUUCUGCAACAUUUCACAAGCAUUGUUCAUUCCUUUGAGCAUACUUUUGCGUAUGAUUUUAUGUUUUAUCUUCAAAUUGAGCAGUAUCACAUAUUAUGCAAAUAUGAUUUGCAUUCAUAUUUACUUGCAAGCAAUACAGUAAUAUGCACCACUUCCCUCCCCCCCCAUGCAAAAGGACACUUCUCUGCCCACUUUUAUGAAUCCAGAGGGAUAUGAAUAGAAGAACCGUCCUCUAUGCCUCUGCUUUUUAGAUCCUCCCUAUUCAGUUUCGAUUGCUAGGAAAUAACACCGAUCAGCCAGCAUUAAUCCAUUUGAAAAAAUAGACAUAAAAAAGUGCUUUUGCUGGUCUGUGUUGUAUUGGUUUGAUUCCAAACAGUAAAGUGUGUGUGUGAGAGCAGUUGGCUGCUUUGAAUGGUUCACACUGCUGUGGAAAGUCUGCUAGCAGAGAUUUACAAAUGUUUGUGCUUCUUACCCCUGUUGUAGUUCAUUGCAUUUCUUCUUGUGUGCAUGGUGAAUAUUUUUUCCUUCUCCCUUUUAUGCUAUUUUUUUCUGUUGUUGCCUAAUAUUCAGGAGCUCUUUUGAGGUAGCAGUGUACACCCCAGGAUAGAAAUGAAGAGGAUAGGCUAGAACCACAGAACAAGCCCAUGUUGCCUAGGCAGCAGCUGCUUUAAUGGGGCUGUGCCUGGUGAAACAGGUAAGCGAGAUGAGAACGUCAGACGAGGCAACUGGGGCAACCAGAUUGAAUUUGUUCUCACGAGUGUUGGCUAUGCUGUUGGGCUUGGCAAUGUGUGGCGCUUCCCUUACCUCUGCUACCGCAAUGGAGGAGGUGCUUUCUUGUUCCCCUAUUUCAUCAUGUUGGUGUUCUGUGGGAUCCCCCUGUUUUUCUUGGAACUCUCUUUUGGACAAUUCGCUAGUCAGGGCUGCUUGGGCGUCUGGAAGAUCAGCCCCAUGUUCAAAGGUGUUGGCUAUGGUAUGAUGGUUGUCUCCAGCUACAUUGGAAUCUAUUACAAUGUUGUGAUCUGUAUCGCCUUCUAUUAUUUCUUCUCAUCAAUGACACGGGUGCUACCCUGGACAUACUGUAAUAAUUUUUGGAAUACAGGAAAUUGUACCAGUGUGUUGGAUAUUACCAACAGCUCAGUGGGUUCAUCACUCAACAUCACACAUAUCUUCAAUCAGACUCUGAAGCGCACUAGCCCCAGUGAGGAAUACUGGAGGCGGUAUGUAUUGAAGCUAUCUAAUGACAUCGGGAAUCUGGGUGAAGUUCGGCUUCCCCUGCUGGGCUGUUUGGGCGUCUCUUGGAUUGUCGUCUUUCUCUGCCUCAUCAAGAGUGUGAAGUCCUCAGGAAAAGUGGUAUAUUUCACAGCAACAUUCCCAUACCUGGUGCUAACAAUCUUAUUUGUGCGGGGAAUCACUCUUGACGGGGCAGUUAGUGGCAUCCUGUACUAUCUGACGCCACAGUGGGACAAAAUCCUUGAUGCAAAGGUAUGGGGCGAUGCUGCCUCUCAAAUCUUCUAUUCUUUGGGCUGUGCCUGGGGGGGACUUAUCACCAUGGCAUCAUAUAACAAGUUUCACAACAACUGCUACAGAGACAGCAUCAUCAUCAGCAUCACCAACUGUGCUACCAGUGUCUACGCAGGUUUUGUCAUCUUCUCUAUCCUCGGCUUCAUGGCUCAUCACCUGGGAGUGGAUGUUUCCAAGGUGGCCGACCAAGGCCCUGGCUUGGCAUUUGUGGCCUAUCCUGAGGCAUUGACACUCCUCCCCAUUUCCCCUCUUUGGUCUGUUCUCUUCUUUUUCAUGCUCAUCCUGCUGGGGCUGGGUACACAGUUCUGUCUCCUGGAAACUCUUGUCACAGCCAUUGUGGAUGAAGUGGGAAAUGAAUGGAUGUGGCGUCGGAAGACUUUUGUGACUCUAGGUGUGGCUGUGGUGGGCUUUCUACUAGGUAUCCCACUCACCACACAGGCUGGUAUUUAUUGGUUAUCGCUGAUGGACAAUUAUGCAGCAAGUUUCUCACUUGUGGUUAUUUCAUGCAUCAUGUGUGUUGCCAUUAUGUAUGUCUAUGGGUACCGGAGCUAUUUCAAGGACAUUGAGAUGAUGCUGGGUUUUCCACCACCCAUAUUUUUCCAGAUCUGUUGGAGGUUCAUCUCUCCAGUUAUCAUUUUUUUUAUCCUCAUAUUCACAGUGAUUCAGUAUGAACCAAUCACAUACAACACGUAUGUGUACCCGACCUGGGCCAUCGCCAUUGGUUUCUGUAUGGCACUCUCAUCGGUCAUCUGCAUCCCCAUCUACGCAGGGUACUAUAUUUUAUGCUCAGAAGGAGACUCACUACUGCAGCGUUUGAAAAAUGCUACUCGGCCAAGCCGGGAAUGGGGCCCAGCGCUUGUUGAGCACAAGACAGGCCGCUACGCAACAGCAUUCAGCUCAACAGAAUCCCAGCUGGAGGUGCAGCUGCUGAACCCUGAGAAACCCAAAAGUGAUGAAGUUGGCAUGAUGGCUGCCAUCACCAUUGGAAGCAAUGGCUCAACCCACAGCCAAGACUCAAUGAUGUGAACCUUAGCCUGGGAGGCAGGGCAGGGAGCACUCCUUGCAUCAAUCCAUUCCCACCUGUCCUGGUUCUCUAAACCCUACUCUGCUCAGAUAUACUAAAGUACCCCCCACUGGGUGGGGGACCCCUGGCUCCCAGGCUGUGCUGGACUCUGGGGGAGGGGGCUAUGAGUUCCCACCCCACCCACCUCAUUAGUGUCCCUGUGCCAUCUUGUAACCCUUAUGUUUACAAGUAAUGCUCAGAUGGCCCCGAUUCACAGCCAGAACCAGAAUCAGAGACAGAGAUGUGUGCGCUGGCUAACUGGAUGGGGAUUCCUUGAGAGGUACCAGUAGGAAGGUUGAUUGAUGUCUUAGAAGCUUAAAAAUAACUUUGGGAUGGUUUCUGGCAGCUACUUGUGGGUCCAGUGAGUCUAGAAUCUGUUGGGGAUGAUAUGGCUCUCACUGCCCUGGAUCAGGGCUAUUUGCCUGGCCCCACAAGGAAACUAAUGGGAGUGCUGGGAGUCAGUAGUGGUUUCAAAUAUGAGCUGAUAUUCUAGGCAAAGUUCAGUCUAGAAUUAAGCAACCUUCAGCUAGACUACUGCCUUUAUGAGCACUCUUGCACACAUGCAUGGAAAACUGCACACUACCAAUCAGUAUCUAUACCUUCCCAGCUUUCCCACUUGUCUAGUAUUUUAUGAAAAGUGGGAUAACUUUUUCAGAACUGUAGAUAUAAAGUCCCCAUGAUGGUUUCAAGAGCUUAAGAAAAUUCCAGAAAUCUCUCAUAAUUGGUAGGGAGGAUCUAGCCUUAUUUGUCUAACUGUCCAGAAUUAUUUUCUCUUAGACACACGUGCGCGCGCGCACACACACACACACAUUCACAUCCUUGCACAUAGUUAAUAGAGACACUAUGUGACUGAUUCAAAUCUAGGAAAAUCUCAACUUGUGGGAAGCUCACGUAAAGUGCUGCCACACUGUGUAGAGGUUGUGGAGCAAAGUAUUCAACUGAAUUAUGCAGGAGCUUGUACUUGAAUUCUGAGGAAUGGACCUUCUGAAGCCAUUGUUUAUCCUCUUCCCCUUCAGAGGAGCAAAUGAAUUUGAAUAGGGUCCCUCUACUUGCAAGGGACCCUUGGGACCUAGCCCUGCCCCAGUCUCUGGGAAAGGAGCAAAGCCAACCAUGGUGCUAAGAGUAGAUGAUGUGCCAAGACCAGCCCUUGCAACUUGAGGGAAAGCAUGGUCUUCCGUGAAAGCUAUUCCUGGUUAGCCCUGGACCCUGGGUCGCCACUUCCCAGUGGGGAUGGGAGCUUCUAAUCUCGUGCUGCAAUCAUGAAGAAAUUGGCCAGAAGCACCAGUAUCUCCUGGCAGCACGAUGUCUUCAUAACAAGCCAGGUCUUCACACUGGAAGGGUAACUAAAUGUUGCAUCUUCCUGUCUCAUUGCCCCAUAUUUCCAUUUCAGCAUUGCUGCCUGCGCUUUAUCCUUAGCAAGGCCUUGGAGGAGGAGACAAAUGGUCCUGACAGCCACUCCCUUGCCCUUUAUCCUGUGGCAGCAAUGCUACCAAGACACCAAUGCCCAUUCUUUUGUAGGGACACCAUUGCCAAACGUCUUGUAGGGGGCAUCCCUCAGCUCCCAGGAAUGCACAAUUGCUACAAUGCCAACAGCAAGGGCACGUCUGGUCCCUACCCACAGCCAGUGACAUGGGCAAAAUGGCCAGUGUUUACGUGCCAAAUGUCUGCAUCGUGCACAGAUGAUGGAAAGGACAGAUGGUUUUGUGUCAUGAUGGCAUUUUUACUUUAAGCCUCCAGCAUCCAAUCCUUUCCCUCCUGUGUACUGAAAAUGCACUAUUUAAUGCAUGGUUCCAUGUCUGUCCCUCCCUCUCCUGUAGAGUGUGGCAACCGCCACUGCCACCUCUCAUUGUUCAUAGCAAUAACUGUAUGAGUAUCCCAUACUAUGACUCUCCCAGUUGUAGAUUGUUAAAGUCUCAUAGAUUUUAAUGAAAUUUAUAUUCCUGAACUCAGGAUGUACAGUUCUUUCUGUGGGAUCGGAAGGGCGAUUUGAGGAGCCAUACCUUUACUUUAAUGUUAUAAUGGAAUUAUUGUACUGAGUAAUGGAGAUGAGCAGCAGGAGGAGAAAGGAUCCCAAGGGCACUGCUGCACUCCCAGGACACUUAUCUGUACAGAAGAAGGGUAUUUAGCAUGGCCUUGUUACUUCCUUUGGAAUCCAUGGAUUUGAACAUAAGAAUGAGCAAAGACAAUAGUAACCAA